AAUACACCCAAAAUGCCAUCCUCCAAGGCCAAGCCAGUCAUCCUCUCCCUAGAAGCGAUUGCCUCCCAAGCCCCAGAAUCGUUCCCCGACCCCUCGCACGGCCAUCUCACUUGGCGCACCCUCUUCACCAACCCCACCACCCCAACUAGCGAUCUCUGUGCUGGAAUCGCCAUCUGUCCUCCGCAAACAGGCCAUCUCUGUGCCCACCGUCACACGCAAGCUGAGCUGUAUUAUGUGCUGGAAGGUCGCGCGACGGUGACGAUUGACGGGCAGCCCCACCAGAUCGCCAAGGGCACGGCCGUGUUUAUCCCCGGUGAUGCAGAGCACUCGGUCAUGAACGACAGCGAUGAGGAUUUCAAGUGGCUUUAUGUUUUCCCCGGGGGGAGUUUUGGGGAUGUUGUCUAUCGGUUUUCGGAGAAGGCCAAGCUGUGAUGGCUGACGAGGACUUUGCUGCACCGCUGUUAUUUAUAGCUCGGCCCCACUGUCGUUCUCGUUCUCGCUCUCGUUUUCGUUCUCGCGAGUGCAGUCCAGGCAUAAAUUAUGUUGAAUUGGAGGUUGAUGGACGAAAGGAAUCAAGA